CAGAGUGGUUCGUUGCGCGAUUCUGCUCCGUGUAUUCUGUCGUCGCACGACUCGGUCAACGGUGCAAGCACGCACGAUGCGUGCAUAAGAUUUGAACGUGAACGUUCAUGGAAUCCGUAAGGUCGGGUUUUUUUAAAUUGUGAUCGAAAUAAUAGUGAUUUGAUACUUUCGUGCGUGAAUGUGCGUGAAGCAUACAAUUGAGCGGGUAGAAGCGGUUUAUGAUAAAUCACGAUCAAUCAAGCAAUUACGGUGAGAUAAGAAGAUGGACGAAGAUAUUUGAUACGAGUGCUGUUACAAAGUGCUACCACUGGAAGAUCACCGUGCUUGAACAAAGUGUCAAUUGUGAUAGUGUGAUCUAGGAUCUUGCGAUCAUAAAACUAACUGCCAUUUUGAUCAUUCCUAGAGCAAAAGCUGCUCCGGGGGGUGACGAUUGCAUUCCACCCCCUAUCGGUACAGUGAGAGCGAGUGAGUGAGUGUGUGAGUGGGAAAUCGAACCGAAAUAAGGGUUCCCGACACGAUACGCAAAGAAGCUGAUCCGAUUGUCGGAAAGGCGCGCAAAUCGGUAGCUUCCGGAACGGGGUGGCCCGAUUAUGUGAAAGGCUCCCCCUCAACAGGCUCUCCAUAUCCUUCCCCGGUCGUUCUAUCGAAAGGUCCCCCUUCCCCCUCACCCUCCCGGACACGAGCAAGGAAUCGGGAAGCUCACCUCUUCAUCGGUUCGGCACAGUCGCCUCGGUUAGCAUUUAAUCCUUAGCCGUCGAGUCGAACGCAACGCGCAACCGAAGUCGGUCGUGAGAGGUUUUGAGUCAGCGUAUGCCAGGCGAUAAGUUUUCCACCAUCGACAAUGUUACAGACCACCUGUGUCCAGGUGUGAUGAAUUUUGGGGAAGUUUUCGAGAAUUUUAAACCAGUGCCUGCCAAGCGGGAUACCGGGCACGGUGUGUGCAGUGUGAAUAAACAGUGUGAGUGGAGUCCGUGAGUGGAAACAGUGCAUUGUGGAGUUGGUAAGAUCAGCUGUCAUUAUCGGUGUUUUCUAAUCUGUGUCAUGACAUUAGUGGUUGAGGCGAGAAAGCAGCAGCCUGGAAAACAUUGACUAAGCCCCGACUCUACGAUCGAGGGUCAGUGCAGUGUGAGUGUGAUCAGUGGCAGCAGAACACGGCAACACCGGCAAGGCUCAGCAAACGGCGUGGUGCAUGUUGUUUAGCAUGGAUUUUCAGAGUGCAAUGGAAACCUUCGCUGAAGCUUGGGUCGCCGCCAGCACUGGAGAACAGACACAAGCGCUCGCCCUAACACGCUCAAAGUCCCCGAAAAAGGACGGCUCGAUGCCAGUGUCGCCGUCGCAGCCCACCGAGCGGGACGCGGAAAUGACCAGCCCGAAAGCCAUCGCCGGCUCGGCCGUCGCUUCCUCCGGCUCCAGCAGCAGCAGCAGCAACAGCAGCAGCAACAGCUGUUCCGCCGAACCACCAACCACCGCCACCGAUCGCAUCCAGCCGCCGGAAGUGAACGGUGCAUCGAACCACCAUCUGCCAACCGCCAGCAACGGUGGCUCCAGCUCCACCACCAAUCCACCGUCCACCUCCGGUCCGCCGCGGUCGGAGCUCGGUCCCAGCCUACAUCCAGCGAUCAGCGUGUCCCAGUCGCUGCUGGCCGCAGCCGCCACCGUUAAUCGGUCCGGUACGCCACGCAUCAGCGUUUCCAGCUCGCUGACGGCGCCCGAAAACAACGGUCCCGGACAAACGGGACCGUCCGGGCGGGAUAGCCAUCCUCCGAAUGGGCCGCCGCCGCCGCCGCCCCACGUCGACCGAACCAUCCUACAGUCACCGGUGGCCGCCGUUGCUGCAGCCGCCGCCGCCAUGCAGGACCGGAAGCAGGAGUUUGACUUCAGCAAAGUGAAUGCUAAAUCCUUACCGCUCCAUUGCGUGGUUGAGUCCGUCAGUUCACUGCAGGCGACGCUCAACUUUGACACCCGCAGCCCCUGGAAGCGGCGGCCCAACAUCGAAACCGACAGCUACGUCAUCAUACCGGCCGCGACGCCAUUUUGUGAUAUCGUUACGACCGCGCUCCAGCGGCUCGGCUACUCCACAGAGAUCUCCAAUGCAGCCCGAGGUUCCAUCGCGAUCAAAAACUGGAAAUCCCUCUCGCUCGAUGCCAUCUCGGACAAUCCGCUCGUGUCGGUCAGCGACAUACUCGGCGAGCUGACCUCGGUCGUGACGCUGAAGAUAACGAUCCUGCGCAACAAACCGUCCCAGCUGGCCGAAAUCAAGGAUAAACUGUUGAAGCUGCUGAUUCUCCAGUCACACGCACUGCUCCGGUCGACCGGCUGUCCGCUGGAUGAGAUAACGCUAUCGCAAAUAUGCCGCAGCCCGCUGCAGAACACGUUCCCCUUCACGCCCGAGAUCACGGACGAGACGCGGCGCAACUUCGACCAGUGGUGGAGCAACCAGCUGGCGCCGCAGCCGAACCCGAUCGCCCACAAGAUACUGCCGUUCGCGAACCCGCAGCCGAGCGAUCAUCUCGACUUCUCCGCCCACGGCUUUCCGAGCCUGCACGGGGUGAAGCGGGACACGGCCGGCUCGCUGCUGGCCGGCGACGGCGGGGCAGCGGCAGCAGCAGCGGCAGCGGCCGCCGCCGCCGCCGUCGCCCACCACACCAACCAGCACCACAACCUGGUGGUGCAUCCGGCCCUCCAGACCGUCCACUCGCAGUACCCGAACCAGAAGACGCGCAUGCGCACCAGCUUCGAUCCGGAGAUGGAGCUGCCGAAGCUGCAGCGCUGGUUCCAGGAGAACCCGCACCCCUCCCGCCAGCAGAUCCAGUCGUACGUGGUGCAGCUGAACUCGCUCGAGUCGCGCCGCGGCCGCAAGCCGCUCGACGUCAACAACGUGGUGUACUGGUUUAAGAAUGCGCGGGCGGCCCAGAAGCGGGCCGAGAUGCGCCAGGGCAUGACGAACGGGUUCGGCACGCCGGGCAUGAUGCUGUCCCAGGCGGACUACAUGAAAAGCUCGCCCAGCGCACCGUCCGAGGACAUUGACAACCUGUCGCAGGACGAGAUGGACGACGAGCUGGACCGGGCGAUAUCGCCGCAGCUGCCGCUGUCGCUGACGAUCCACGAGCGCAACCAUCCGCUAACGCCGUCCGACACCCAUCCGACACCGAUCAAGCAGGAGCAGCACGUGGGAUCGGCAAGUCCGCCACCGUCACCUUCGCCCAACCACGAGCACAGCGCGGGCAACUCGAGCGCAGCAGCUGCAGGUGCGGGUGGCAGCAGUAGCAGUAACGGUAACAGCGGAGUAGGUCUCAGCGCGAGUGGUAUCAGUCUCAACAACAACAACAACAACAGCAGUACGAACAACAACAACAACAACAACAACAACAAUGGGAACAACGAAUCAUCCGUCAACGAUUCGACACUGAACGAUGAGCCGAAAUCGAACUACUCGAACGAGCGCAGCAACUCCCCGCAGCGCUCGUCCCGUUCGCCCGCCUCCGAGGAUCUCGACAUGGACGAGCCGGACGUGAGCAACAUGGACGACUAUCGGUCGCCCUCGCCCGACUCCAAGCGCCAGCUGCCCUUCCCGAUGAACAACCCGAUGCUGUCCCACUCGAUCAUGUACAUGUCGCACUACAUCCCGGCGAUGCAGGGCGCAGCCGGGAUGCAUCUGAAGAGCGAGUUCGCCCCGGGCGGGCACGGUCCGCUCGGGCAGGGCGGGCUCAACCUGUCCUUCAACAGUGACGAGCGGCGGAAGCGCAACCGCACGUUCAUCGAUCCGGUUACCGAGGUGCCGAAGCUGGAGCAGUGGUUCUCGAUGAACACGCACCCAUCGCACAACCUGAUCCUGAAGUACACCGAGGAUCUGAACCGAAUGCCUUACCGCCAGAAGUUCCCCCGGCUGGAGAGCAAAAACGUGCAGUUCUGGUUCAAGAACCGGCGGGCCAAGUGCAAGCGGCUCAAGAUGUCGCUGUACGAUCCGGCCCAGCUAGCGAACCUGGGCGAGCAGGCUCAUCUGGCCGCGCUGCACGAUGCGCCCCACCUGUCCGGGCUGCACGAAGCGUCGCAGAUGCAUCCGUUCCAUCACGGCGAUCGGGACUAAGUUGCGAGAUUAAGGAAGAGAUCGUACACGAACCAAAGACGGAGCAAGAUGUUUUGUUUGUUUGUUUUGGUGUAGGGAGUAGGCGAAAAAGCCGAAAGCCAUUCCAGCGCUGCAGUGAGGCAACUGGUUGUACAGCAGCAAAUAAGCAAAGCGCAGUUCGUUUCCUAAUCGUUAGACGUAAAUAGCAACCCUUGUCGCUCGGACAGUGUCCGGGGUGGGUUUUGUAAAGUAGUACAAGCCAUGCCAGUAGGUGUUAGAUUUAAUAAUCAACGAAUCAAAACGAACGCUAGAAUGUAUGGGAUCACAUUCCACUUAUAUUUAAUAUGAUUUCCUCCUUCUUUUAACGUUUUCCAAACCGUCAACUUUUUCAGUUCCUUCGGGCAGUAUGGAAGCGCUGGCCCAUGGCGGCUCCAAAUGCGAACACGCCUCACAAGCAUUUGAAAUGUUUCGAUGAAAUAUUUCAAACUCAAGAGUUCACUGAGUUCACUGAGGGAUUAUUCCAUUACGGGCUCAUAUUUCUAAGUCAACCCGUGGGUUUCUUGGUAAACCAUAAAGCCUCCCAAAACACAACUCCGACCACUAUCGUGGGGUAAAAAGGUUAUCGCGCAAUAAUUAACAUAAUAAUGAAUUCCCACUUCAUGAAAAAUUCACAUCCCGCUACACGUGUUCCGCCACAGCGUUAAGCUCUUUUUCGCCAUCAUCAGAAACCUGCGUUCGGUGCUGCGCUGAGCCUACCUGCUUGAUCAUUUUUAUACGCCCACGCUGGGACAAUUCCAACCCAACAUGCAUAAUGCAAGCGGGGAGGGGUUUUGUAAUCGGGUUUGUAAGUGCAGGCAAAAAUUACCACCGUCCGUCCGAUACUGCCCCUAUCGGCUUUCAUCAUACCGAUCACCCGGGGUAAAGCUUUUUCUUUCCUGCUCCUGCUGCUGCGGGGAAUUUUGUAAUAUUUUACGCUUCCAGCAGCUUCUUUCUUGUGUGCGUGUGAGAGUCUCUUUGUUGUGGUCGCUCCAGUGGUGCAUUUAUGAUCGGGUGUACGAACAAUUUGUGCGCUAUUAUCGCGCGCUGCCGAAUUUCGGUGGGUCGAUGUGGCAUGGCAAGGAAGGGGCUGUGCAUUACGCUCCUAAUUAUAUAAUUAAACCCGAAAACAGAACUGGCACAUAGCGCACGGUGCGCACACAUUUUUGCACCGGUGUAGCGAAAAGUGCAGCUCAAAUGAAGGCGGGCAGCCCCACCUCCCAGACGCCCGCGCACUCGCUUGUUUGACAAUUUCAUGAAAGAGCCCACGCAACACAACAGCGGAACAGGGGUGAUACUUUCUGCUGCUGAUUGAUUUAAUGAUGGAAAGUAACACCAAUCGACACACACGGCGGUGGUGGUAGUGGUGGUAGUGGAAAUUAUCCCAUCGAAAACCUCCCCCCGAAUGGAGGCGCAUGGUUGCGCUUGCACGAGCGGAGAGAUUUUCCAGUUCAACAACAAAGCAACCGGGGUGCGGUUGAUGCCGCCAACAAAACGGCCGAACCGAUUUCCCGCCCGUUUUUUGCAAGAGAGAGAAGGCGGCUUACAACAUUCAACUCGUUGUUCGGCCAUUUCCUAUCACGGUGGACUGUGCGUUAUGGGGCGUAAGUUGUGUACAAUCCUUUUCCCGUUUUUUUUUAUUAUUUUCAUUAUUUUAACACACCACCCCACCCACCCAAACUCCGCGCAUUUCGUACGACCCCGCGUGUCGUAGGCUGCUUCACGUGAAAAAGCAACGCAUCGUCUCCACUCGACACGAGGCUUUCAAAGCUCACCCAAAGGCAUCGCGCCACCCCGUUUCCAUCCCGUGGCAUUAUAUUUAUGAUUAUUUAUUAAUUAAUAGGCGGAAAAUAAACUCCCAUUUUCGAACACGCCCUCACCCUCCCGCUCUGCACCACUUUUCCCUAGCACGGGGAACUACCACUUUGCCCGCAGGAUAUUGUGGCAGCUCUGGGUUCUAUCAAUCAGUGCGGAUAAUUUUGCGGUGCAUUUCAUUUUGAUGAUGCGGCCUACCAACCCACCCGCUGGCAGAGUAAAAUGGGGUAUAAACGUUUUUCCCCCAUCCCGGGGUGGCUUAUUAUUUUCGGCUGGAAGCACCAAUCAAACAGCAUUCGGGUAUGAGAAGCGCUCGCUCGCACGCACACACACAGAUGCGCUUAAAAACCGCGCGCUUAUUACAUUACAACGGGCUAUAAUAAUUUCAGCGAUCACGAGUUCGUGCGAGCCACCUGUUGUAGGGCUCGAUGGGCCGACCACGACUUUUUUUUAAAUUGAGUCUAUUUGUUGGUAGGGAAAAGGGCAUUGAACACUAAAUGAUUUCAUUACAUGGUGGUGGAAGAGGCGAUGUUUUCUUCCUUAAAAUUGUGUGACCAAAAUGCAGCGACAGAGUAUUCAGGACAACUGAACAAAACAAAAAAAAACGAUCUCCCAUACAUUAUCAAACGGUCAAAUUUAGCUAACAAGCAUGGUUUUAUGUUUCUUUCAUACCCUCCCUUUGCUUGUGGUCUCCCCCUUUACCGCAACGCUAUGACGCGGUCACGCAGUGGCUCCCUUGGGUUUGGGAGCAAAUCCUCAUCACAUCAAAAUAGGCUUACGCGGUUAUUUCCUACCGGCAUCACGCGGUGGUAUCACACUAAUUGGAAAAUUUGCUAAUGUGAGAGUAACGGCUCCACGUCCUGCACGCGAAGGGGGGGCGUUGUCCAAAUGGGGUGAUAAUGCAGCUUGCCAGGGCCAUCCAGCCAAUUGCGAGAUCAUGGCAUACACGUGGAGCAAACGAGCCCACCGCCAGUGAACCAGUUGCAAUUCAUAUGAUUUGUGAUCGUUUAAUGCGUGAUUGCGUGUGCGUGGAAAAAGGACACUGAAUUGUGGCCAUAUACACGUGCUGCAAUGGAGCCCGGCGCACGUCCAGUACAGAGAAUUGGUUUUUUGUUAUUUAUAAUCCGUCUAAAUGUAGCUCCCCAAUUUAACACUUUCCCAAAAGUAGUUGAACUCUAUUUAUUUCUUAGCUCAUUGUAUAGUAAGUGCUCUUCGUUUGCUGAUUGCCAGUAUGUUUAGAGAAAGAAAAACUUUGCGAGCAACGAACGUAUGUAAAACGCACGGUAUUAAAUACCUUUCACGUUAUUUAAUUCUUAAAUUGUUUCCUACUUCCCCCUUCUUUUUUUUUGUUCGCACUCUCUUCUUCGUUGAAAUGGCUUUUAGCAAAUGUGUUUUAUUUUUCUUUGUCUUUAUUUUGUGAUUUACUUUAUUCCUCGUUUGCCCCUUCUCUUCACACCGGUGUAUAGUAGCGGUACGAACGGACUAAAAUCAAAUAAUAGACAACCCUCUCGCCCGCCAAGCUGCGUGACGGCGGGGAAGUGAGAGCGAUCAAUGUUUAGGUUAAGGUAAAACUGAUACACGAAAAACAACAUGCUAGUGAUGAUAGUGAUGAUCAAACACAUUAAUGUAAAUAGUACACUUAGUGGUAGGAAGGAAGGAAGUAAAAGCUGUUAAAGCAUAAGCAAAAACGCAAGUAAAGAAAGACAAAACGAAUAGGCUCAAUUCAGAUACGAAGCAACGUAGUUGUUAAGAUUUAGCGCAAGUUUAAUAAAAUUAAAAAAGUAUCACCAGAGACACCACCACCAGCACACACACACACACACUGUAAAAAUUGGGAAACGUUUUUUCUCACCUUCUCACCACACAUAUAAGCACGUAAAUUUUACACAGCAAAAUGCACACACAAACACACCUUACACUAAGGACACAAAAUUCACUACUUAGCUUGUAGGGAGAGAAGUUAAAACAUAAAUACAUCCCCCCAAAAAACAUGCAAAAACAUUGUUCCACUGCUGCCAGUGCCAGUAUCUCAAAGUAACUUUACUAUCAAAAACCUUUCGUAAAAGCAUAACAAGGGCCACGUGGGGUCACUUGCGGCCCGUGUAGUACGAUACUAAUACAAUCGAUAGCAACUCGAUUAUCGCAUCUCGUAAGCAGAUCCAAACACAGAGCGGAGCAGAAGCGCAUUUUAAGCAUUUAUUCUAAUAAAAUAAAACCCAAAACCCCCAAAACAGUUCCACUAAUCGUUUAGAAAGCAUUAAUAUGACGACGAAUGAGGCCAUAGACGACAAGGGGUGGAUGCUUUGCAACUGGGUAAGGCGAUCGCUUGCAGACAGUUUAGAGCCAGGAAGCAGAAGAAUAAGAAAACAUAAUUUAAACAAACUCAUUCCAACGCGUUGUAAAGAAUCGAACCGAAUAGAACAUGAAAUAAAAUACGUAAAACCUUUACUUCAAACAAACAGCUGUAUGAAUGCAAGAAAUAUAAAAACCAUACAUGAAUUAUAUCAA